AUGCUGUUACUUCUGCUACUUAUUCCAUCGACAAUUGCUCAGUGGGACUGGACCCCAUUCGCUGGUCUCCAGCAGCAGCAACAGUCGGCGGCAGUCCAGCAGCCGUGGCAUCGGCCUGCUGCAUUUGGUGCUCCACAGCAACAAACCGUGCUCAGCAGGACCCAAGCCAUAUAUGGUAUACCUGGGCAAAGAAACGCAAAUCAAAAAUUGCGGACAUGCUGUAGAGCGUUAAAAGGAGCUGACAUUGAAUGCCGUCGGCGCUAUUGCGACUUCAAUGCUCUACGACCUGAAAUGGUAAUUGGCUUCAUGGCUCAAUGCGCUCCCCGAGGACCUACAGUGGGACAGAUGUGGGAUUGUGCUUCGUCUCGCGUGGACCACACACCUUGCUGUCGUCGACAAGGAGUGAUUGACCAGUGCGUCGUGUACUGCGAAACAACGAACGGCGUGCCGACAGACUACUUGAAAUACAUCGUCUGUCUCAGUCAAUUCGACAAGAUCCGUUUCUGCUUCAAACAAUACCUUGAGAACAACCCCAACAUCGACGGCGAAUUCUAG